GAUUUAUUGCUUAAUGCGACAGGCCUAUUUAUUUUAUUUAUAAUGAUUUUUCCUUUUACAGCUAAUGCAAACAAUACAUUUGACAUUAGAAUAUGACAUUAUAUAAUAAUAAAUAAUAAUAAUAAUAAUAAUAAUAAUAAUAAUUUAGUUUUAUCUGACAAAAGGCACUUUCCAGUUCCUUAAUGCAUGGCUUAAGCUGCAAUAAAACAUUUCCAGCUGAAUAAACCAUAACAGAUGAGACUGUCAGAAAGAUAUUUGUUAUUUGAUAUUUAUAAGUUGUUUCCAUUUGGAGGAAACAAAAGCAAGUUUGUUAAAUAACGUUAUUACUGAUGAAGGUGAUUCAGCAAGCUAACUAAGCAAAGAUAGAAAGUUAUAAACUAUGACAUGGUACUUUAGGAAAAUAGUACAUUUAAGUGGAAAUUUUUACUUUAUAGAAUUGUAUAAAUCUAGAAAUUGUAUACUAUUUUCUUUCUUGUUACAUAAUCUGCUGAGAAACUAUUCUGGAGAGAGCCUGAGGUUUCCUAUAUAACCACACCAUACAGCUAUAUGACAUUUACAGUAUGUCACUGAGCAAUAUUAUAAUUAUAGCCCAUGAUGGGACUGCUCAGUGGUUAGCAGUGGUCAAGUGCAAACUAAAACAUGCAGGCGUGCAGAUGCUUCCACAAACAAGGAGCUGGAGGCUGAAUUCAUCAGCAAAAGAUUUUAGAAUGACAUCUGGGGCCAAUACUUUAAAUACUGGCCCCAUUAUUUAUAUUAUAAAUUUGAUGAGCUUGCUUUUAAGAGUCUUUGAGCUACUGCUAAAAUUACUGAUCAUAUGAUUGGGCAAUGCUGUAAAUUAAAAGUACAAUCUGAAAUCUGCCUAAUUCAGCACCAUGGUCAGCUCACUGCAGCCGAGAGGAUGCUCCAUAAUCCAGCUUUCUAACUGCAAUUCUAAGACUAAUUUCAUGAACAUUAAACAAAUAAACAAUACUGGGUAAUUCCCAACUUUUUGCACAAGAAUACCUUUUGCUAUUUUACAAACAAAUAUAUUUGUGCCGAUAUUUAAUUCGUCAGCUUUAAUUAAAUUAAGGCUAACAUUUAGAGAAAACCACAAAGUGAAACUAGUUUUUCUAAAUAUAGACAUUGAAGAUGCCUAUAAAUGGCUUGCCGAAAAUAAUACAUAUUCUAAUUUGUUGAUUUGUUCUUGGCAAGUUUGGCUCUUAUGCCAACAUAGAUAUGUUUGGAAAUCGUAUUUUAUUCUAUUUUACAUUAAUCCAAACCACAAAACUUACUCAACCUUCAGAAAUAUAUCAACAAACGCUCUUUACCUGUUUCAACUCAACUGAUUUUCUUAAAAUCACGUCUAUUCUUCACAUUGUUAAGCUAAUUCUGUCAAUUAACAAAAUAAAAGCUGUGUCAGAUGCAAAGGGCUUUUAUUUUGAACGGCUCGUUGUGGAGUUCCGGAUGUACUGCGCUAGCUGCUAGCUCUCCUUCUGGUCACGGGGAUAUUCUGGGGACUGCCAUGUUGCCAGUCGUGGUGGUCCAUGGGGGGGCGGGUCACAUCCCCAAAGAGCGUUCAGACCUGUCCACCUCAGGAGUGUGCUCUGCAGUGAGGUCAGCGUAUGCACUCCUGCAGGGAGGGGGCAGCAGUUUGGAUGCUGUGGUGGAGGCUGUUCUGCUACUGGAGAAUAAUCCAUCUUUUAAUGCAGGAUGUGGUUCAGUGCUGAAUAUGAAGGGGGAGGUGGAGAUGGAUGCCCUCGUGAUGGACGGGAAAACUCUGAGCAGCGGCGCCGUGUCUGCCGUCCGCAACGUAGCCAACCCAAUCCAGCUGGCCAGACUUGUCAUGGACAAGACCAGCCAUGCCUGUCUGACGGCGGAGGGUGCCAGUCAGUUUGCUCGCUCUAUGGGUGUUCCCGAGGUUCCUCAGGAGUCCCUCAUCACAGAGUAUUCCCGAAUGCGCUGGAAAAAAAACCUGGCACCAGAUGCCAACCCUGUGGAGUGCCAAAUGGGGAAGAUGGGGACGGUUGGAGCGGUGGCAGUCGACACAGACGGCAACGUAGCGUGUGCGACUUCCACCGGAGGAAUGCUGAACAAAAUGGAAGGCCGAGUGGGCGACACCCCGUGCAUCGGCAGUGGAGGCUAUGCUGACAAUAUGUCAGGAGCCGUAUCGACUACAGGCCACGGAGAGGCCAUCAUGAAGGUCACGCUGGCGAGACACAUCCUGUUCCACAUGGAGCAAGGCCAGUCAGCUGAGGCUGCCAGUGAUCUGGGUCUGGCCCAUAUGAAGUCCAGAGUCGGGGGACUUGGAGGGGUCGUGACCGUGGACCCGCAGGGCAAUUGGGCCGCUCGCUUCUCCAGCUGCCAAAUGGCGUGGGCCGCGGCGCAGAAAGACACGCUGCACUACGGUCUGUACACGGGAGAACACUUCACCCAAAUCAUCGAGGAUCAUCGAGCCUGACACCAGGCCCAGUUUGUGUCAGUAGAGCUGUAAACUAAGAUAAUACAGCUGAAGGUGGGCUUCAGGUAACCAAAUAAUGAUUGAUUUGGUUUAAUGUUGAUGCUUAAAAUCAAAUAGAAGACAAAAAGAGCAACAAAAUUAAUUAGUUUAGUCAAAAAAAAAACAAUCAACUGUGCGCAUAUCUGAGCCGAUCCAAAGAAAAGCAAGAAAUUUCCAGAAACGCUAAUGACACUCUGUGAUUCUUUGUAAUAAUCAUUUGAAAAGUCAUUGCAGUGUUUCUGUCGCUAGAGAAACUAGAGCAAAAUGAUCAAAUACACAUCAGAUAUAUAACUCGCUGCUCAGUUUUUAAGCUUCUCAGGAAAUACUUCCUGAGAAGUGUUUUACAAUAUUUAAUUUUUUACAAACUACUGGACAGUUUUAUGCACACUGAACACUUUCUGAUGAUCUGCACAAAGUGUGUUUUUCUGUUCACAUCAGUACUGGUGAGCAGCAGCUCAUCAUUUGCUGACUUUUGGUGAAGAAAAACCAAACCAAAAAGGUAUUUACUGCAAUGUGAGUGGCAUUUUUGUCUUAAUUUAGAUGAUUAUAGUUUACCACAACUGAGUUUCUCAGAUUGAAGUAUUAAAAAGAGCCAAUAAAACCAUUUUUGUCAGAUUGUUGGUGGUACAUCUCACCAACAGACUCAUUUUUCUUCUUGGGCUUUUAAUUUACUGCAAGCCACAAUAAUCCAAGUUAAUAGACAUAAACACCUGAAAUAUAUUGCACUGUCUGUAAUUAAUCUUUAUUAUUUGUAAAUUUCACUUUUAGAACUUAAUCACUCAAAUAAAUUAGUUUUCUGUCAUAUUCUGAUUUAUUGAGAAGCUCUUAUAAGCCAGCAUGUGUUAAUCUGUUAUGAACGCCAUUUAUGUAUUAUUCUGAUGAGUAGUGUUGACCUGUCUGAUCCACUAGGUGGUGCUGUUUUCUCAUGCAGACAAAAUGCAAAACUUGAGAUUUCCUUUUCUUUAACUGAACUACUUCUAGGCUUGCGUUGUGUAAUUGGUUGUAAUUUUUUAAAAUGUUUUAUAGAGUACUUUAUAAUAUUUACUUUAAUUGUGCAAUACCAGCCUUAAUGUAUUUGUGUCAUUUUCUAUAAUAAUUGUUAUAAUCUGUUUGAUUUGAUAAAGAAUGUCUCGUUCAUAUAUCAAUUCAUUCCUGUGUGCAAUUGCGUUGUACAAUAAAAACAAUGCAGCUCAAGUCUCAAAUCACACAAUAAAUUAUUUUAUUGGUAAUUUUCACGUGGUUGCUGUAAACAUUUCUUUGCAAAAAAAACAAUUUAGUUGAACACAAAAUCCAUUAUAGCAGCUUAUAUAAUGCAUAUGCAUUAAGAUCUUUGUUUGUGCUGCCAAGAUAUUAUUAGCACAGGUAAAGCUGUGAAAAGGUUCUUCAGAAAUCACUCCUUUAAUGUAAUUAGGGAUAAAAAAAAAGUAGACAAAAAAGAAAGAAGAGUCACAACUUUUUGACUUGAAUAUUUCCAAGUUUUCUUCUAGAAAAUAUGUGAAAAUUUCUAAACUUGUGUCUUUUCUCACAAAAUUUGUACUACGUGGCUCAGAAAUCUUUUGGUUUUUUGUCUAGAAACUUUCUGAGGUUACUCUGGAAAUUAGAUUUUUUUUUUCUUGCAAAUUUACGAUUUCUUUCCUCAUUUUUUAAAGAAAAUUUCUGAGAUUAAUCUCAAAAUUUCAGAGUUUUUUGGCUUAUAUUUACUGCUUUUUGUUAGCAAAAUUCUUAUGAAUGUAUUACCUGAAUUAGCUACAUCCUUCAGUCAGAGGCGUCUCCAGAUUUGAUGCAAGUCUGACUGCUACUGGCCGAGCUGGACAGUAAAUAGUUACAUUUACUCAAUUACAUUUACUUUAUGUUUUUUUAGAAGAAAUUUACUUUAAA